UUUUAGGCGCCAUUUACAAGAUACAGAUUUCAAAUGGGAAAGCGACUCGGAGAGACACGGGGCUGAAUUUUGUGGAUUUUACUGGCCGAGUUUUGGAUUUUGGGACCAUUUUGUUUUGGGAUUCGCCGUUUGAAACAGAAAGGAGGACCUCUGACGGACCGUGCGUGUAACUUAAAAGAUUUCAUAUCAUGCCAUCUAAAACGGCAAAAAGCUCCACUGCUUCCAAAAGGGAGCCAAAAGGGAAAGAGCUGCAGCCUCGGGAUGACUCUGAGGACGACUUGGAUGUACCCCCCCAGGAAACCAACUCCAAUGGCCAAAAGGAGGCACCCCCGACAACUGAUCCGUCUCAGGGCGAAGCCACCGAGGCGGUGGAUAGUCGAAGUUUGGAGGAGAUUCUCGGCAGCAUCCCUCCACCCCCGCCCCCAGCAAUGACCAAUGAACCGGGCGCUCCUCGCCUGAUGAUAACACAUUUAGUCAAUCGCAACUUUAAGUCAUAUGCAGGGGAGCAGAUUCUGGGGCCUUUUCACAAGCGCUUUUCAUGCAUCAUUGGUCCCAAUGGAAGUGGAAAGUCCAAUGUGAUAGAUUCAAUGCUCUUUGUGUUUGGAUACAGAGCUCAAAAGAUCAGAUCGAAAAAGCUCUCAGUUCUGAUUCACAGCUCUGAUAAACACAAGGAUGUGCAAAGCUGUACUGUUGAGGUGCAUUUUCAAAAGAUUAUUGAUAAGGAAGGAGAUGACUACGAAGUCAUCCCCAACAGCAAGUUCUACGUUUCCAGGACUGCCAACAAAGACAAUUCCUCUUACUACCAUAUCAAUGGCAAAAAAGCUACAUUCAAAGAAGUUGGCAUUUUACUCCGAAGCCACGGUAUUGACCUAGAUCACAACAGAUUUCUGAUCUUACAGGGUGAGGUGGAGCAGAUUGCCAUGAUGAAGCCGAAAGGUCACACUGAGCAUGAGGAGGGGAUGCUCGAGUACCUGGAGGACAUUAUUGGUUCAUGUCGCCUCAAAGAACCCAUCCAGACCUUGUCUCGCAGGAUUGAGCUUCUCAAUGAGCAAAGGGGAGAGAAGCUGAAUCGAGUGAAGCUGGUAGAAAAGGAGAAAAAUGCUUUGGAAGGGGAGAAGAACAAAGCUGUGGAGUUCCUCACCUUGGAGAACAGCAUCUUCAAACACAAGAGUCAGCUCAACCAGUACUAUGUUCAUGAUCUACGAAAACGUGUGGUGGACAAAGAGCAGGAAAAGCAGAAGAUCUUAGAGGAAACCAAGGAGCUGACAGAAAAAAAUGCAGAGAUAUCAGAAGAGAUCGAAAAAAUGAAUCAGGAGCUCAAAAAUGUGGAGAAAAAAAAAGACAAGAUCAACAAGUACAUUGAGACCCAGAAGAAAAAGUUCACCCAGCUGGAAAUUCAGGAUGUUGCUGUGCGUGAGAAUAUUAAAAACUCCAAGAGCGGGAACAAGGCACUGCAGAAGCAGCUGGAAAAAGAGCAGAAAAAGUUGGAGGAAGUGCAAGCUAUCCCCGCCAACAAGGAACAAGCCAUCUGUGAAGCAACUGCCCGCAAAGAAGACCUGGAGAAGCAGAAGGUGAAAGAAGAAGAAAAACUGGAAGAAGUGAGGGAAAGUCUCAAAGAAGAGACAAGUGGCUUGCAACAGGAAAAAGAGAAAAAAGAGGAAGUGCUGAUGGAGCUGAAGAAGGCCGUAAACGAGACCCAGUCUCAGAUGAACUUCGCUGAGUCCGAGCUCAACAUCUACCUGAGCAACCACAACACGGCUCUGACUCAGCUCAACGCAGCCAAGGAGACGCUUCAGGCCACCUCUAAAGACCUGCAGGAGCGCCGGGCCGCCAUCAAGGACCUGCAGGUCAAAAUCCCCCAGAUGGAGAAGGAGCUCAAAAGGGACCAGCAAGAGCUGGAGCCGCUGGUGAAGCUGGACAAUGAGACCAGUCCUGUGGUGAAAGAGCUGCAGCAGAAGCUGGAUGAAGCCAAGAGCUCGCUGUCCUCCAGUCGCAGUCGAGGAAAAGUCUUGGAUGCCUUGAUGCAGCUCAAGAAGAGCGGCAAAAUUCCUGGCAUCUAUGGAAGAUUGGGAGAUCUUGGAGCCAUAGAUGAGAAGUAUGACGUGGCCAUUUCUUCGUGCUGCGGUGCUCUAGACAACAUUGUGGUGGAUACGAUCGACACCGCUCAGAAAUGUGUCACUUUCCUCAAAGAGCAGAAUAUCGGGGUUGCCACUUUCAUCGGUCUUGACAAGAUGAAGGUCUGGGAGAAGAACAUGGCCCCCAUUCGCACCCCAGAGAACAGCCCCCGCCUCUUCGACAUGGUGCGAGUGGACGACGAGAGCCUGAAGCCGGCUUUCUACUUUGCCCUGAGGGACACCCUGGUAGCUCAAGACAUGGACCAGGCCACCAGGAUGGCCUUCCAGAAGGACAGACGCUGGAGGGUGGUCACCCUGAAGGGGCAGAUAAUAGAGAUGGCAGGAACAAUGACUGGAGGCGGACGAGUUCUCAAAGGCAGAAUGGGUUCUUCUAUCGGCACCGAGGUCUCCCAGGACGAGCUUGACCGUAUGGAGCGCAAGCUGAACGAGAAAAGGUCAAAGCUGCAGGGCUGCCAGGAGAGAAGGCAGCAGUUGGAGGAGAACAUCGAUCGCCUGCAGCCUCAGCUCAGGGAGAUGAAGAACACGCUGGAAAAAUACACCUCCUGCAUGAACUCGCUGGCUGACCAGGAGACUCACUCUAAACUUGAGAUUAAGAAGCUUGAAAGCAAAGUGUUGGCAACUGUCCCGGACAAAGCCAAGCAGAAACAGAUGGAGAAGAGCCUGGAGGCUUUCAGGAAAGACUUUGAGUCGGCCUCCAGUAAGGCUGUGAGGAUGGAAAACGAGGUUAAAAGACUCCACGACUUGAUUGUAGAAAUCAACGACAACAAGGUGAAGCCUCAGCAGGAUAAGCUUGACAAGAUCAACAAAGAGCUGGACGAAUGCUCCGCAGUCAUAAACAAGGCCAAAGUGGCCAUAACCACGGCCGAUCGAAACGUGAAAAAGUGCGAGGAGAACAUUGUUCGUGUGCAGGAGAAGCUGGAGGAGAACAAGACGUUGCUGACUGAGCUCACUGAACAGCUGAAGAAGCUGGAAGACGAGGCCGGGGAGAUCAUGAGAGCCAAUCAGGAGGCAGAGGCCACUCUGCCUGAGGUGCAGGAGCAGUACCACAAGGUCUCUAAGGAGUUGGAGGUCCUGCAGCAGCAGAAGGAGGCGCUGCAAGAGGAGUCGCUCAACGUCCGGCUGGCCAUCGAGCAGAUAGACGCCACCAUCACAAAGCACAACGGCAAGAUUGCGUACUGGCAGGAGGAGAGUGCCAAGCUGUCCCUUCACACCAUUGAGGGCCAGCCGGCAGAGGAGCUGCGUGUCUUUACCCCCGCCGAGCUGGACGCCAUCUCCGAUCCAAACGUCCUCCUCAACAAGAUGAGCACGCUAGAGGACCAGUGUCGUCAGCUGAAGCCCAAUCUAGGAGCCAUCGCAGAGUACAAGAAAAAGGAGGAGGUGUACCUGCAGCGUGUCGCCCAGCUGGACGAGAUCACAGCAGAGAGGAACAAGUUCAAAUGCGCCUACGAGGACCUCAGGAAGCAGCGGCUCAACGAGUUCAUGACCGGAUUCAACAUGAUCACCAACAAGCUGAAGGAGAACUACCAGAUGCUGACGCUGGGCGGGGACGCGGAGCUGGAGCUGGUGGACAGCUUGGACCCCUUCUCUGAGGGAAUCCUGUUCAGUGUUCGCCCUCCAAAGAAAAGCUGGAAAAAGAUCUUUAACCUGUCAGGAGGAGAGAAGACCCUCAGCUCUCUGGCUCUGGUGUUUGCUCUGCAUCACUUUAAACCCACGCCGCUCUACUUCAUGGACGAGAUAGACGCCGCUCUAGACUUCAAGAACGUCUCCAUCGUUGCCUGUUACAUUUAUGAACAAACCAAAAACGCUCAGUUCAUCAUCAUCUCGUUGAGGAACAACAUGUUUGAGAUCGCAGAUCGUCUCAUCGGCAUCUAUAAAACACACAACACAACCAAGAGCGUUGGGAUCAAUCCCAAAACGAUCGUGUUCAGGGAACAUGACGCCAUCACAGCAUAAAACCCGACAUCCAACUUCACUCUCUUUCAUUUUCCUCUUGACAAACCAUGUAAAUAUUUGUAUGUUCUUUUUGUAAUAAUGCGCUGCUAUUCUUUUAAUUCAAAACAAUAAAGUUUUUCAAAAAUAAA